AUGUUUCGUUUCUUGUUUUUGGGCUGUUGUCUGAUCGCCGUGUCGACCGAUCGCGUUAGUGGUGCUGCAGCUGGUAAACGUUUGAUGUGCUACUUUUCCUAUGAUGCACCUGAGAUAUCGGGAUACGGUCGGUAUACGGCCAACGAGGUUCCGGUCGAGCUGUGCAGUGAUGUGGUUUAUGAUGGGCUGGAUUUCCCAAAGUGGGAGCGAGGCUAUUAUGUUUUCGAUAACAGAGACUUACAGAAAUACGGUACGUUCCUGGCCACGAUCAGGGCCCGAUCAGGUUUGGUGCGAAACAUCUUCACACUUCAAGACCGUGAAAAGAAUUCGGUCUCCUACUCGGUAAUGGCAGAAAUUCCGGAACGUCGCGGAGCAUUUGUGCGGGCUGUUCUGCAGCUCCUGGAGGUAUAUGCGCUGGACGGGGUCGAAAUUGCCUGGGAGUGGCCGGGCACGGCUGUCACUUUUGGCGGUACUUCCAACGAUCGCGAAUCGAUUGUAUCGCUACUGACCGAUCUUAAGGCUGGGCUGAGGAAAAGCGGCAAGGAGCUGAUCUUCUUCGGUGCUGUGUACCCGAAAGUGCUGCACGACUCGUAUCGUGUCGCAAGCAUCUGUCAACUGGCGGACUUUGUGACACUGUUCUCGUACGAUCUGCGUCCGUACACCGUCAGAUUGGCCGAUGUGCAUUCUCCAAUGCGGAACCGAACGUUCGAAAGAGAGCCCAAUCGGGCAAAGACCAACGUUGUCACUGGCGUAGAGACGUGGAUUAAAUACGGAUGCCCUCCGAAGAAAUUGAUCCUCGGCAUUGGACUGUUCGGUCACGCCGUCACCUUGGCUGACCCUCGCCAGUACAAUGUGGGCGCUCCUUCUACCGGUCCGGGAGCCAAAGGACGGUACGACUACGGCGCGGGCUACUAUCCGUUCCACGAGCAAUGUUUGCUGCUGCGGAGUGGAUGGAGAAUGUUCUAUGACCCGAUCGGACAGAUGCCUUUCGCGGUUCGUGGUAACCAGUGGAUGAGCUACGUGGACACCAACUCGAUCGGUGUCAAGAUAGACUUCGUGGCGGAGAAACGUCUCGGUGGCGUCGUACUUUGGACCAUCGAAUACGAUGAUUUCUGGGGAUUUUGUGGAUCGCGGAAUCCACUGACCACCUACACCUACCAGCGGCUGCAGCAAAUCCCAUCCGACAUUGGGUUUGCCAUCGAGUGGAGUUGA